GGUUGCCAUAAUAUUUAGGUUUAAAUAUGAUACUUGAUGUCAAGGAAUAUUUAGAAAAAAGUUACAGGUAUUAAUUUGUAUCUGGAAUAAACAUCAUGAUAUUGCACCAUUGUCGGAAGUGGAUAUAUUAUAUAUGUAGUCAAUUGUGGUAAACAAAUGCACGCAACGCAGCUGGUCUGUAGCAAGUUUUUGGAUACUUUUUAGCAAGUUUAAACAAAAAAAAUUACACAUCAUGAGUGCCGUUAAAAUGAGAAAUAACAAAAGCAAUGGCCAAGAUGCUAACUCAAUUUCAUCAAGCAAUCAAACUGCGGAUAUGAGAAUCAAAGAAUUAGAAAAAUUCAUCCUGGAUGGUCCAUGGAGUCCACAGUGGUUGAGUGUAGAAACACUGCUGGAUAUACUUAUAGUAUUAUAUGACGAAUGUGGUAACUCCACGUUAAGAAGAGAAAAAAGUGUUAUCGAUUUCAUAGAAUGGGCAAAACCUUUCACAUCAAGAAUAAAAGAAACGAGAUUGCACAAAGACGACUUCGAUUUCUUGAAAGUAAUUGGAAGAGGAGCAUUUGGAGAGGUUGCCGUUGUCAAAAUGAGAAAUACAGAUGAUGUUUAUGCCAUGAAAAUAUUGAACAAAUGGGAAAUGUUAAAGCGGGCUGAAACAGCAUGUUUUCGAGAAGAACGAGAUGUAUUGGUACAUGGAAAUACAAACUGGAUUACGAAGCUUCACUAUGCUUUUCAAGAUGAUAAUAAUUUGUAUCUUGUUAUGGACUAUUAUGUCGGUGGUGAUCUUCUUACACUUCUAAGCAAAUUUGAAGAAGGGCUACCUGAAGAUAUGGCAAGAUUUUAUAUUGCUGAAAUGGUGCUAGCUAUAGAUUCAAUACAUAAACUUCAAUAUGUUCAUAGGGACAUCAAACCUGACAAUGUACUACUCGAUGUCAACGGUCAUAUUCGUCUUGCCGACUUUGGUUCAUGUUUACGAUUAUUACCGGAUGGCACUGUUCAAUCCAACAUAGCUGUUGGGACUCCUGACUACAUUUCACCGGAGAUCCUGCAAGCUAUGGAAGAUGGAAAGGGCCGAUAUGGACCAGAAUGUGACUGGUGGUCUCUCGGCGUUUGUAUGUACGAAAUGUUAUAUGGAGAAACUCCUUUCUAUGCAGAAUCGCUUGUCGAAACAUAUGGAAAAAUUAUGACACAUAAGGAAAAAUUUCGAUUUCCUUCUGGCGCCUAUAAUCGUGAAGUUUCUGAUGCAGCAAAGAGUUUGAUGAGCAGCUUAGUAUGUGACAGCAAAGAUAGACUCGGCCAAAGGGGAACUGAGGAUUUUCGGGAUCAUCCAUUCUUUACUGGUAUUGAUUGGGAGAAUCUAACCACCAUGACACCACCUUAUAUACCGGAGUAUUCGUCACCCACAGAUACAUCAAAUUUCGAUGUCGAUGACAUGGACUCAAAACAUUCUAGCGAUGCAGCCCCUCCAAAUUCAUCUAUGGGAGCUUUUUCUGGUCACCAUUUACCUUUUAUCGGAUUUACUUACACAUCAAAUUCAUCUCUGUCAGAUGCUUCAUGUGGUUCCAUCAGCAAAAGAUCUCGAAUUGACAACGGUGCAGCAGGAGAUACAAAUGAAAAAAUAAGCAAUGCAUCAACUCAUUCACUUGAAAGAAAAGUGCACAGACUUGAACAGGAAAAAUUGAAUCUUGAAAGAAAAUUAGCUGAAUCAGCGAAAAACAAUCACAAUGCCAGCACAAAGGUUGAACAUGAUCAACUGGCACAGAGUGGAAGAGAAGAUGAAUCAAAGAAAUUGAAAGAUGAAAUAAAUUUAUUACAUAAAAAAUUAAAUGCAGCUGAUCAAGAAUUACAAGCUGCUGAUGUAUUACGGAGAGAUUUGGAAGAUGCUCACCAGAAAGUAAAGGCUUUAGAACGUCAGCAACGACAUCUCAAACAAGAACGGGAUGACACUCACAGAGAUCUAGUUGAAGUCAAAGAGAGAGCGAGAGAGCAAGGUCGACAACUCAAAGAUACUCAUGCUCAGAGGAAAUUAGCUAUGGAAGAGUUUACUGAAAUUAAUGAAAGGUUAACAGACGUACGAACUCAGAAAAAAAAAUUGGCUCGACAACUUCGGGAAAAAGAUGAAGAAUUGGAAGCUGCUACAAGUCAGUUUAAACAAGACUUAAGAAGAUCUGAAAAAGCUAAAACAUCUCUGGAAGACCAACUAGAGCAGAAAACAACAGAAGUCCUCAAACAAACUAAACUGAGAGAAUUGGGUGAUGCAAGAGUUCGACAAGUUGAGGAGGAAAUUGAAGAAUUGAGGUCAAAACAAAAGUCAAUGGCUGCCGAUGUUCCUUCAUCCUCUCAUGAACAACAAAUUCAGCAACUUCAAGAGACCGUAUCAAGAUUACGACAAGAUGCAGAGAGAUCGGAUGUUACUCAGCGCGAGGAACUAUCUCGAAAAGACACGAUGCAUGCAUCUGAAAUAAAACACCUCAAAGUAAAAAUUCUGGAGGCAGAAAGUCAGCAUGUCGCUCUACAAAGAGAAAUUAUGAUUCUCAAAGAUAAAGUUGAAAAGACAAGAAGAGAAAACAAUCUUGAACAGCAAGAAGCCAUAAAAGACGUCAAGUUGAAAUAUGAAAAACAAAUCAAACUCGAAUCUGACAAUGCUGUAUCGUUACAAGCUGAAGUCGAAAGAUUAACGUUGGAACUUGAGAAAUCUCAACAAAGCGUUAAAGCUUUGGAAGAAGACAUUCGAGAAGGCAAAGAAAGAAAAGAAGACGUUCAGCAAUGGGAAGCUCAAAUAGCUGAAAUUAUUCAAUGGGUUUCUGAUGAAAAAGAUGCUCGGGGAUAUCUGCAGGCGUUAGCUGGUAAAAUGACAGAAGAAUUGGAUACUUUAAAAAGCACCAGUGCUAGAGCUAAUACCAUGGACAAAUGGCAAGCACAAAGAAGACAAAAAGUGGAUCGUCAGGCAAUUCUUGAAUUGCAAUCAAAUCUACAAUCAGAAAUUCAAGCCAAACAAAAGAUAUCAGAAGAAUUGACUCGUGCUAAGGAACGUAAUCUCGUUAUUGAAAACGAAUUGCAAGAAGCCAACAUCACAAUAGAAGAGCUCAAAGAUGAAAACGUAAAUCUACGAGAAAAGAAUGAUUCUACAUCAAAGAAACAAUCAGAUCGUCGCCACUCCCAACUCUCGUUUUUAAACUUCCUCAAAGACUCGUCUCCCUCACCUGUUACUCAUAUUGUGGACAACUACGAACCUACGCAAUCUGAUAUGGAUUUUAAUAUCGAUUUUAACCAGUUGGGACGCCUUGAAUCCAUCAAAUCAGGUCAACAACACGACCCUAACCAACAACAACAACAACAAAGGUCACAAAUAAGAUAUAAAUCUGGCUCUAUGAGGUCGGAUUCAUCUAUAACAAGUGAGGAAUCCAGUCAAAAUAAUCAUUAUGAACAACGUAGUAGAGAGUCUAGUAGUAUUAAGCAGGAAAUUGAAAACUCAAAAGCACAUUCUUCUUCAUCUCCCACCAGACGAGUUCCAAGUUUCAAACCAAUUCAGCAACAGGUGCCUAAACCGAAAGCUCAUGCCUUCAUUGUGAAGACAUUUUCUACGCCAACCAAAUGUAAUCACUGUUCAUCAUUGAUGGUUGGAUUAAUGAGACAAGGAACUACGUGUGAAGUUUGUGAGUUUUCUUGCCAUGUCUCUUGUGCUUCAAAAGCUCCUGCAGUUUGUCCUAUUCCAAGGGAGCAAUCUAAAAGACCAAAAGGUAUUGAUCCUCAGAGAGGUAUUGGAACUGCUUAUGAAGGUUUCGUCAAAAUACCGAAGCCUAUGGGAGUUAGAAAAGGUUGGAUAAAACAAUUGGCAGUCGUCUGUGAUUUCAAGCUCUUUCUCUACGAUUUGAAUGAAAAUAGAAGUGGUGGUGGUGGACAACCUGGUUCUCAUCAACCUAGUGUUAUUGUCAGUCAAGUCAUUGAUAUGAGAGAUGAACAGUUUGAAGUCAAAUCAGUGACGGAAUCAGAUGUUAUACAUGCUAACAAGAAGGAUAUACCUUGCAUAUUUAGUGUUGUUGCAUCAUGUAUGUCUCGGCCCAAACUUCGCACUCAAGUACUUAUGCUUGCCGACACAGAAUCUGAUAAGAAUAAAUGGAUCGGAGCAUUUUCUGAACUUCAUCGCGUUUUAAGAAGAAAUCAACUCAAAGAUAAAUCAGUAUUUAAACCUCUCGAAGCUUACGAUUCUACAUUACCAAUCGUCAAGUCUGCAAUGAGUGCAGCUAUCAUUGACAGAGACAGGAUAGCUAUUGGAAAUGAGGAAGGUCUCUAUGUAAUUGAACUGCGUACUGAUGAAAUUGUCAAAGUCGGAGAUGCCAAGAAGGUUCAUGCCAUUGAAGUUUUACCAAAAGCUCAAUUGGUUGCUGUCAUAUCUGGAAGAAACAAACAUGUGAGACUCCAUACAUGGGGAGCUCUCGAUGGAUCAAUGCACGAUGAUACAGCUAUAAAAAUAGAAGACACAAAAGCAUGUACUGCUCUGUGUUCUGGAACUGUAAGACAAGGAACAACAUCCUGUCUCUGUGUAGCAAUGAAAAAACAUGUCAACGUGUAUGAGUUGAAUUCAACAAAGACUCGACAUAAAAAAGUGAAAGACAUCAUGCUGCCCAACCCAGCUCAGUGGAUGGCUGUUUUUAAUGAGAGAUUAUGUGCCGGAUAUGUUUCUGGUUUUGCUUUGUUCAGUAUACAAGGGGAUAAUAGUCCUGUCCCUCUGAUGAGUUGCGAUGACAAAUCACUAGCAUUUUUAACCAAUCCACCUGUCGAUACAUACUGCGCUGUCGAAAUAACUCAUAAAGAAUAUCUUCUCUGCUUUUCAACUUGUGGGGUUUAUACUGACUGGCAAGGCAGGAGAUCAAGACAACUAGAGUUAAUGUGGCCUGCUCCACCAUCUGCUAUAACAUACAAUGCACCAUACUUGAUUGUUUAUUCCGAGAAUGCAGUCGAUGUUUUCGAUAUCUUGGAAAUGGAAUGGCUGCAAACAAUUCCACUUAAAAAAGUUCGUCCGCUAUCAAGAGAUGGAGCACUCAAUCUUGCUUGCUCUAUGGAUCCACCUAAACUUGUGUAUAUGAAAAAUAAAUAUGACGAAGGAGACGAGCUUCAACUUUCUGAAUUGACAAGCGUUGGGAAGAGACAAUAUUACAAGGGAAAGACAAAAAGACGAUUUGCAUUCAAGGUACCGCCUGAGGAGUUGAGAAGCUCUCUGAGAACUGAGUUAUUGAAAAAUCCUGAACGUCGAAGUCAACUGAUUUCUGCACCAGCCAACUUCAACCAUGUUGCACACAUGGGACCAGGAGAUGGAAUGCAAAUUCUGAAGGAUUUACCUGGGCCUCCGCCGCAGUCGCACACCCAUGACUUGAUAUCAACCCCAUCCAACUUUAAUCAUGUGUACCACUUGGGACCAGACGUCAUGGAUUCGUCCUUGGUCGAAUUACGGCGACAACAACAACAACAGCAGCAACAGACUAGUGCUAGUGUGACAAGAGGGGCUAGUGAACCGAAGAUGGGACCAAUGUACAAACAACAGUCAUCUUCUAACAGUCAACAUGUAUCAAGAUCUGAAAGUUCUCCUCAACAUCGUUCUCCUGGAUCUUCUCAACAUCCAAGAUCUUCAUCAUUUAAUCACAGAGCUGGAGAUCAAUAUCAGCAACAUCACACAACAGUUUCAUCUUCGUCAUCUUCGACAACUACAUCUCCUGAUCGUCAUGGACCCUGGAAUAUGUCUCAAUCUGUACAGUCAAGUUACAACCAGUAUGUAUCAAGUUCUUCUGUUUCUGCUUCUAUGGCAACUUAUGAUAGAGAAGAUUCAGACUCUCGUCUUUCGACAGCCUCCAACAAGAGCUCAGACUUGAGUUUGCCUCCGAGCCCGAGCUCUCAUCCCAAAACGACGUAUCUUCUGGAUUCAGAGUCCGGAUCGUGGGAUGCCUGAUCUUGACCGUCCGUUGUCACAUCCUUCAAAACUUUCUCACUCUGCAACUAUUGUGUUCCUGUUCUGCUUAAUUGCUUUACAACAGAGAAUGUCGGUGGUUUUCUGUAUUGAUACUCUGUACCCAUGUCACAAGCCAAGAGGUUGAGUUUUAACCAACAAAUUGUAUAAAUGGUCAGAAUACACUCUAUAAUAUUUUAGCGGCAAAGACUAAAUCAAGAUGUUUGCUACUGAACUGUCAACCCUUAAUUCUCAAUCUUUGUUCGAAUGUGAUUUUUCUGUAUGAAGUAACGUUUUGCAUCAAAUAUUAUUUUGAAUUUUCCUCAUUUGUAAGGAGCGGAUUUGCUAACGGGACUAGAACAUGUUAUUGUGGGUUGUUGUAUAAAGUAUAUUUGAUUAACUUAUUGAUUUUUCACUUAUUGUAUAAAUAAUAUACCUAUUCUCGCUUGGAAAAUUAUAAAAUGUCUUUUUUGAAUGAGACAUAUAUACUUGUAUAAUUCCUUUUGAGGAAGCUGAUUCAUACUUUAAUUUGCACUAAUGUUCGUCAUUUCACUUUGCCAAACUGACAUCAUUAAAAUUCUUAUUUUUGCGGUUGGCAGCUGUAAGUUUAAUUUUUGAGUUUGUUUUUUUCUUUAUUUUUUUAUGUAUCUUACCUUUUUCCAUCUGAUGAUAUGGCUGUUACAUUGAUUUUAAGGCACUAUGAUGGGUAUGUGUGUUUAAAUUAUUGUUAAUAAGUAUUUGUAACAAAUUUAUGAACUAUUGGAUAUUUACAUUCUAAAUAUGUAAAAGCGAAAAUAUGUAGAUUUGAAUUUAAACAGCGGUCAAUUUCUUAGUGUCAGUCGAAGAUUGGCCUUGUGAUAAUACAUAGUAAAAUAAGUCAUUUUUGGCAUUUCAUAAAUAGGAUAAACCUGGACUGGGUAGUGCCUGGCAAUCUUGUGUUUUCAUCCUGGUUUAUUUUUUCUUGGUAUGAAUAUUAGUUUUCAAACCAUUUCACAGUGGCACUACUUAAAUUAAAUCUUCAUUGUUUGGUGUGAUAUUGAUAUUUGGGUUCGAGAUUUGUUAGAAGAAUGUCUUGAGUAUUGGUUUUCAGAAUUGAUUUGGUAUGGUUAUUAACCAUAGUUUUGUUUAUUUAUGUUGGAAUCGGUUUGUUGUUACAAGGAAUGUUCAUGCUUGGUGAUGUAUUAAACGUUGGUAUUUUUGUAGAAAGUUGGGUUGUAAGUGGAAGGUUUUUCCUUAUAACGAAAUUAAUCACUUGUCCAGUUUAUUGAUCUUCACUUUAAGCUGUUUUACAAAUAUAAUGCAUUGAAAAACUCUGUAAAGAAGCACGCUAUUUGGAAAUGGUGGUUGUAAUUUUAUGAAAAUCUCUGCCUCUGUAACAAAUUUCGGAUUCAUGUUAAGCUGUCCCUUUACUUUUUGUCAAAAUAAGAUGAAUCAAACCUGUCCUGACUCUGCAUUUAUACUUUUAUGCAAUAAUUCAGUAAUGUGAACACAAUCCGCCACAGUAAAAGCUUAUUUGAAACUUGCAAAAGUAUUGCUCAAGGUUGAAUAAAUUAUAAAUUAAUUUUUAUAAGCAAUUGAAAUAAUAAAAACUUGCAAAAAGUGGCAAAUUCUGUACUUUUUCAUCAAUUUUGAUUUGUUUAUAUUCCGUGGGUCACUGAAUAUGAACCCAAGUUGAAAGUUUUCUCUUUCAGUUUGCCAUUCAAGCCAAAUAUUAUAAGAAAGUGUUAUUAUAAAUGACUGUUUAGGUCACCUUAAUUCAUUCAUCUUAAGAUAUGUAGAGUUUUUUGUUUGUGCUAUUUUAAGCUGGUGAUUGCAUCCCAAUGUUUUUAAACAAUUAAUUCUCUUUUUCUCUUCAUAUACAUGAAAUUUAGUUUAUUUUGCAAAUACAGGAUCAUAUAUGAAUGUAGCCCUUUCGUAUUCGCAUUCAAUGCAAAAUAUAGAUAUUCAUCAAAAUAAGAAUGUUGCCCUAAUUUUAAAUGCAUGUUGCAGAUUACUUAAUAAUUGUUUUCAUUUCACAAUACUGGGUUCGCUAAUUUUUGUAUGUCCAGUAUAAUAUAA